GAAGGUGUGGUUUUUACUAAGACAGAAAGAGCAUAUGUCAACCAAGCAGGCAACUGAACAGUGCAACACAGUUUGUCUCCUCUGUUGACAGCUUACUUUGCCUUUCUUUAUCAAAAUGGACAGUGCUUUUGAUAUCCUGGAUGCAGCUGGUUUCCUGGAAAUAUGGCAACACUUUGAUGCAGAUGAUAAUGGCUACAUUGAGGACAAAGAGCUUGAUGACUUUUUCCGUCACAUGAUGAAGAGACUGGGUCCAAAGGAGAAAGUGACUGAAGAGAAAGUCCAGAGGCUGAAGCAAAGGUUUAUGUCCGCCUACGAUGUCACUGCUGAUGGGAAACUACAGAUUCAGGAGUUGGCCAAUAUGAUCCUCCCUGAAGAUGAGAACUUCCUGUUAAUUUUCCGCAGAGAAACUCCUCUGGACAACAGUGUUGACUUCAUGAAGAUAUGGAGGAAAUACGAUGUUGACUGCAGCGGCUACAUAUCAGCUCGGGAGCUUAAGGCCUUCCUGGGAGAUCUGUUCCAACAACAUCACAAGGAUGUCUCAUCUGAUAAACUGGAGGAGUACACAGACACAAUGAUGAAAAUCUUUGACAAAAACAAGGAUGGCUUUUUGGAUUUGAACGACUUGGCCAGGAUCUUGGCUUUAGAGGAGAACUUCCUCCUCCAGUUCCAAAUGGAUGCCAGCGGUAAAGACGAGAGAAAGAGAGACUUUAUGAAGAUCUUUGAACAUUAUGAUGUUAGUAAGACAGGAGCGCUGGAGGGUCCUGAGGUGGACGGCUUUGUCAAAGACAUGAUGGGGCUGGUCAGGCCCAAUCUCACAGGUCCUGAGCUGGACAAACUGCGAGGCGUCCUGCUGCGUCACUGUGACGUCAACAAGGACGGAAAGAUCCAGAGAAAUGAGCUGGCUCUGUGUCUGGGAGUCAAACCUAAACUUAGUUAGAGAGCUGUAUUAUGAGAUGGUAUCAUGAAACAAGCACUCUGUAUUCGUUGUAUAGUCAACAAUGGUAGAAUGUGGUGUUUUGAUACAGAUCAGUCUAAUUACUCGGAUAUUUAAGGUCAAUAUUUAUACAGUUAUUUGAUCCUGGAAGUGAUAGAAACAAUUUGAUAUCGUGUGAUGAAAAAUAAAAUCAAAGUCUGCAGAUCUUCUAUAACUUGAAAUCUUUUCUCGUGCAUGAAGAAAAGCAAGAGAUGUGAAUGUUUUUUGGAUAAUAAGAAUGUGCUGUGAGAUUUGUGGCAUAUUAAUCAGUUGGUCGGUGCUGGAGUUGUUUGGCCAUUUGCAUGUUUCUCUGUCAAAGAAGGCUUAAGUAUAGUAUGUUGUUGUAAUUGUAAUAUCACGCGCUGCAGAGGAAAUAAAUAGAUGAAGUGAUGCAUA